AUUAAAUUUAUAAAUUACUAUUUUUAGAUAUAAUGUGGUUUUAUUUAUUCUGGUUCUUCACGGAAUCGGCACUUUAAUGCCGUGGAAUAUGUUUAUCAAUGCACAAAAGUAUUUUGAAUACAAACUGACGGUACACGUGGACAACACCACAUCCCUGAGCCAAGCGCUGAACGAUGUGCAGACCGACCAGACCUACCGCAACAACUUUCUGUCCUAUUUAGGUUUGGCCGCACAGUUGCCUAAUGUACUAUUCAAUGUAUUAAACAUUGUUUUCCAGUUUGGGGGAACAAAUCUGACGCUCAGUAUAACGGCUGCGAUUGUGGUGGAAGUGAUACUAUUCAUAGUGACUAUCUUAUUAGCGAUGGUGGACUCGAGCGCGUGGGUGCCCGAGUUCUUGGUGGCCACUCUGGCCACUGUUGUGGUGCUAAACACAGCCAACGGUGUCUAUCAGAACUCGGUGUACGGUUUGGCGGCCAAAUUGCCGCCCAAGUACUCGAACGCAGUGGUCAUGGGUUCCAACAUCAGCGGCACAUUCACGUCCAUCAUCAACAUCGCCGCCAUCGCGCUGUCACCUAAUCUACGGGUGGCCGCCAUCUACUACUUCUUGGCCGCACUGCUCAUACUGUUGGCCUGUUUUGACACCUAUUUUGCGCUCCCUAUUAACAAAUUUUACCGACAUUACUGUCUGACACAACCGGCGGUAGAGACCAAAGGGAAUCGACGGAUAUUCCCGCUCUAUUGGAUGGUGUUUAAGCAUAUAUGGGUGCAAUGCUUUAACGUGUUCAUGGUGUUUUUUGUCUCGCUGGCCAUUUUCCCGGCCCUUCACGCGGGCGUCCAACCCAUUGACCGGGAGUUCUUCGGGACCGCCGAACGGACAGACAAAUACUAUUCGGCCGUCAAUUGUUUUCUGGUGUUCAACGCGUUCGCUAUGAUCGGCAACAUUGUGGCCAAUUGGGUCACAAUACCCGGCCCUAAGCACCUGUGGCUGCCGGUGAUGACCCGACUCCUGUUCAUACCAUUCUUCCUGUUCUGCAACUAUCAGCCAGAGCUGCGUCAGUGGCCAGUGAUUGUCCAAAACGAUUACCUGUUUAUAUUGGGUGGUGUGCUGUUGGGCCUGACGUCCGGCUACUACAGUAGCCUGUGUAUGAUGUACGCGCCCCGAUGUGCCCCACCCGGACACGAGGGCACGGCCGGUAUGAUGGCCGCCGCGUGUCUGGUUAUUGGCAUUUUUUGUGGCGUUAACUUUUCGCUGGUCUUGUCUUGGAUUGUCAAACAGGACUGGUUUUGA